AUGUCGAAAACCUUCAACGAUUUAAGCGUCGACCUGGUCUACGUCAUCUUCUCUCAUCUCUGGCCGGAGAAAACUGACUUGUGCAACCUCGCCUUGACUUGUCGACCAUUCCGUGAUAUCGCGCAACGCUUCAUCGUCCGGGACACUUCGAUAUCCCACAGCGUCAAUGGCUCACGCACUAAGCUGUUCCUCCGAACAUUGAUGGAACGCCCAGACCUUGUUGUUCACGUACAUCGACUGGAACUCGACCUCCUCCGGGAAGAUAUCCACUGGCCAGAGGAGCAGCAAACCAUCCACCAGAUCACCCGUCUGCUCACAAACUUGCGGGAGUUCUGCUACCUCUCCCGCGACUACAAAGCUUGGCAUUACAGCGUACCGCUGCCCCUGAAGUGGACACGUGAACACGCUCACGACCAGGUUCGCAGGGUGGAGUGGCAUCACAACAUGGCUCCUUGGGAACUUCGAAAAUGCAUGGAACUUCCCAGCAUCGAGACGAUCCGCGUACGGGAGCUCCAAGACGAUUCGUACGGCCGCUUCACGUCGUUCGACCUCCCUGCUCGCAAACAUCGGACGUCCUCGCUCACCGAGCUUCGCAUCGGCUCACCUGGCACUUUGGCGUCCGAGGCCUUGGAAAAGCUCCUGCACAUGCCAAGAAGCCUCAAGAAGAUCACCUUUGAGUCUCGCAAGGAGUAUCAGUCCGUGCUACAGCCAGCUGGCUUAGUGUUCCUGCUCCAGCCAGUCCGGGAUUCUCUGGAAGAGCUGCACGUGGAGAUACGCGACAACUUAUUCCCAGCCUCUACACAGGCCGCGGACCUAUCAGGAUUCACAUCAAUCAGGAACCUGACCUUGCCGUUUCGAUACAUUUUCGGACCAGGAGCCGCGGCUCCGUUGUUGAGUGCUGCGACUUUUCUUCCCCCGCAUUUGAGCGAAUUGAAGAUCUUGUUUGUCUCUACAAAAGCGCCUGUUCCCGCGUCAACGGUAUCAACACUGGCUGAUAACCGCAAAGCUCUUUCUCUCUUCAUAGACAGUGUAGAGCAGCAGGAGGAAAUGCCUCGAUUGCUACCGGAGCUGAGAUGCAUCACAUUACAAGGAAAUGGAGACCAUAAGAGCUAUCGUCCUGAUUUGGAGCCCGAGAGCCUGAGAGGUGCGCUGGAAACAUGCAGUUUGUCCAGGCUCAGUGUGGAGCGCUGCUUUUAA